AUGCCUGAGUCGACACUGCAGGCUCUUAUCGACACCGCACACUCAUGUCGACGCCGCGGACUCAUGUCGACGCCGCGGACUCAUGUCGACGCCGCGGACUCAUGUCGACGCCGCGGACUUAUGUCGACGCUGUACUCUUGUCGACGCUGCGGACUCUUGUCGACGCUGCGGACUCUUGUCGACGCUGCGGACUCUUGUCGACACUGCACUCCUGUCGACACUGCACUCCUGUCGACAAUGCAGUCCUGUCGACACUGCACUCCUGUCGACACUGCACUCCUGUCGACACUGCACUCCUGUCGACACUGCAUUCCUAUCGACACUGCACUCCUGUCGACAAUGCACUCUGUGCCCUGA